GACUAACAUAUUUGAGUUAUUUCAUUGUGGAACAAUUUGGCUGAGUUUUAGUUUUUUUCACAAGUAGUAAUAAUUAUAUUUCAAGACUUUUACUAUACUAUCUAUCAAUGGCUAGCCAACAACCACCUCGUCCAUUGUUCCGUUUUGCUUCCAUGGUUCGUCCGGCUGCACAACCUGCACAACCUCCUCCAGCUUCUGCUCCACCAGCACCAUCCCCACAACCGAUGUUUCGACCUACCACCCCAUUUAGGCCUGCCUCACCAGCAGUUACUGCUCCACAGCCCCCUCAACCUCCAGUACCUACUGCUGCUACUCCUGUUGCAGUAGUUACUGCACCACCGCAACCACAAGUGCCAGCCCCAGGUAGCCCCAUUUCACCACAGAGGCGUCAACCUGCUGAGGCAACUUCACCACCAAGAUCACCUGUUGCUCCUCCUCCUCAAUCUGUUGUUUCGCCACCAAAGGCUCCUUCACCACGUUCUCCAGUGGCAGCACAACCACAACGUGCUGCCACUGAGGUCCCUAAAUCUCCUGUCAUUAGAGCCUCUCCUGUCAUUAGAGCCACCACGUCAGUUCCACAAUCUCCAGUCAAGCCAUUACCUUCUAACGUAACAACAGAGAGCGCUCCAACUACUACUCCGUAUGCUUCAUCUCGGCCAUCUCCAAAAACAAAAUCGACAGAUUCUAUCCAAACUCUCAUAAAUCAAUCAUCACCAUCGAAAGCCCCCCCACCAUCUCAAAAUGUCUUCCAGCCUAAUUUAGUGAAAUCCCAGACUUACUCUCCUCAAACUAAGCCUGCAGUUUCUCACCCUCCAUCUCCACUAAAGCUUCCCCCAUCUCAACUUGAACUCGAGUCCAAGAUUCCUUCACAGGUUGAUCAGAAGACUGUUGUUGUCCAAGAAACCACGAGGGCUAAUACUAACGGUCAUCAUCAUCAUCAUGUCCUGCAGACUGCUAGAAAUGGAAACACAAUGGAAAAUGGGAAACAAGAAGUAGUUAAAAAAGAUAAAGGGGUUCAUCAGAAGAAGAAGGUGUCUAACUCUAAUGCUGCAGAUGACUUUGGAACAAGUGUUCUAACACUAGCUGGUGAAAACAAGGGAGCCAUUAUGGAGUUAAGCCCUUCAAGGAAGACAUACAGCCCUCGGAGCCUUCAAAAUAAAGGAAGUCCAAAGUCUUGGAGUAGUGAGGAUGAUGGAGAGAAAUCAGGGAGUGGAGGUGGAAGGAAGGGAGAUAAAAUGCAAAAUAAGUCCCUUCCUAUGACCGCAUUCAUGAACAGCAACGUCCAAGGUAUCAACAACUCCAUUCUCCACAAUGCUUCUUGCACUCACCAUGAUCCUGGUGUCCACCUUGUUUUUUCAAGAAAGACAAAUGGUAGUAAUGGCCUCCACAUGAUCAAGGGCAGCCAAAAGAGCUAAAAUCAUAGUCAAAGAAUCUGUUUUUUCUCAUAGAGGGUCGUUUAUUUCUUUUAAUAUUUGAGAGAAUAAAUUGAGUGGUACGAAAAAGGACAGGGAUUCUGAUUCUUCAUGCACAAGGACCAUCCUUGCCUUUGGUAGGACAGAAUCUCUCUAUGCACAAUAAAGCUUUUUCUUAUGUAUUGAGCAUCUUCUAUUCUAUAUAAUUUGUAAGUCUAAUACAGAAUUCGUAAUGUCUUUUAUCAUUUCAAAUGUAUUUUGUAAAAUAUUGAAUACCAUGUCUGAGUUUGGUUUUA